CACCACAGACUCCAGAGACUACAGGGACACCACAGACUCCAGAGACGACAGGGACACCACAGACUACAGGGACACCAGGGACACCAGGGAACACGAGAGACACUUGGGAAGUUUAUUCACCAGGAAGUUUACCUGAGCAAACACUGAAGAUCGUUGUCUUCAGAGGACAGAUCUUGUCUCAGAGGACAGAACAUGUCUCAGAAGACAAUGUCUGCUGUUGCUGAUUCACCCAAAGACAAGUAUUAUGGGGUGUGGAUGAUCUUCUUUCUUCUUGGAUUGGGGACUCUGCUGCCGUGGAACUUCUUCAUGACUGCUACCAUGGCUCCGCCCCCUCUUUGUCUUUAGUACUUCACAAGUCGUCUGAAAGAAACCACACCCAUGGAUGCAUCAGCCAAUCAGACGGAGGCGGCAGCUGAACAUCGUAGCAUUCUGGAGGAGAAAUUUAAUAAUGUGAUGACUCUGUGUGCGAUGAUGCCUCUGCUGCUGUUCACCUGUCUCAACUCUCUACUACACACUCUGGUGUCUCAGCGUCUGCGUGUCAUGGGUAGUUUAGUCAUCAUCAUGUCCGUCUUCAUGGUCACCACUGUCCUGGUUAAAGUUCCUCUGGAACCAUUACCAUUCUUCAUCAUCACUAUGGUGAAGAUCGUCAUCAUCAACUCCUGUGGGGCGGUGUUACAGGGCAGUCUCUUUGGGAUGGCAGCUUUAUUGUCUGGUUCUUACACGACUCCGAUCAUGAGCGGUCAAGGACUCGCUGGAACCUUCGCUGCCUUCGCAAUGAUCUGCGCCAUCGCAAGUGGAUCUGAACUUCAUGAAGCAGCAUUUGGUUAUUUCAUCACAGCCUGUGUCGUUGUUUCUUUGUCUCUGCUCUCAUAUGUGCUGCUGCCGAGACUGAUCGGCUUGGAAGGGCUCGGGGCGAAGGUGGUUUACAGCGAACCCUCGCCCGGACCGCGCCGCGGACAUGUGCACUCGCUGCGGCUUCUCCCACCCGCCUGCCCCCAGCACGACUGUCGAUCGGAGCAGACUGUCCUCAGAACGCCCUGACAGCGUCACGUCAUCGGGACGAGGAGCGUAAAUUGUCUUGAAACGCAGACCAAGUCCAGACCAAGGUUUUGAUUGUCCCUCUGUCUGGGCCCCCUGCCAAUUGGGCCCUAGGCACAUGCCUAGUUUGCCUUUGCGUUAAUCCGGCUCUGGGUGGGGCUAAAAGCUGACGCAAAAAACUUGUGUUAGAUCAUCUGCUGUCGGGUUUAAUGUACAUGAACGAAACUUAGUGCACAUGUUCAUUAGGUGGGGACGGUCAAA